UAUGUCCGCUCUGAAUAGUUUGGACCAAGCCUUUGACAGCGAAAGAGUUAUGGCAACUGAUGGCAAACUAAAGACUUGUUUUUCUGAAGACGACCUAAGGAAACACAAUAAAACCAGCUCUCAACUAUAUAAGAACAAUAAGAAAAAAUCACAUUCAAGAGCAAGUAGCAGUGUAAGCUUUGAUAUUCAUAAAGGCCAUUCCAAAUCACAGAAUUCUAUACCAUGCAAUCACCAUACUCGGGGCCAUAGCUGGUCUGAAGCAAGUCUGACAGCAGUACAUGCACCGAGAAGCAGCCAUGAUUCAAUCCGUUCAGGAUCAUUCAAGGUUGGACAGAAUUCGACCUCGUCCAGUAGUCAAGAUCAACGACCACCUCAUGAAAAGGAUUAUGUUCAAGUCAAAACAAAGAUCAAAACAAACAAGCGCUUUAAUCGUAUUGUUUUGGCUCAGACAUUAGCUAUUGAUUCUACUGGUACUGAAGUUUAUGCAGCGCCAGGAGCGUCGUCUGUUGCAAAGGAUAUUGAACCUGAAGAGUUUAAGCAGCCUAUGGGAGCUAUUUGGGCAACUCGGUUCAGUAAGGAUGGAAAAUAUAUGGCCACAGGUGGGCAAAAUUGCAUUAUUCAUGUAUGGAAAGUGUUGAGAGAUUUGGACCGAAGUGAUAAUAUAACUGUGCAAGAUAUUUUACCUCAUCAGCCUUCCAUUAAAGUGUUUCAUGAUGCACCUGUGCGAAUUUAUGCUGGACAUACUGCAGAUGUAUUGGAUUUGAGCUGGUCAAAAAAUAACUUUUUGUUGUCAAGUUCAAUGGAUAAAACCGUCAGGUUAUGGCAUGUAUCUCAAGCUGCUUGUCUCUGUGUAUUCAGCCAUUCAGAUGUUGUCGCAAGUGUAAGAUUCCAUCCAAAGGAUGAUCGGUUCUUUUUAUCUGGCUCUCUAGAUAGCAAAAUAAGACUAUGGAGUAUUCCUGAAAAACGAGUCGCAUUUUGGAACGAUAUUGAGUCUGGCAACAUGGUUACUGCUGUAGGGUUUACGUUUGAUGGAAGAAUAGUCUGCAUUGGGUCCAAUACAGGCGAUGUUUUUUUUUACGAGACACAGGGCUUAAAGUACAACACGCAAAUUGCAGUCAAGAAUCGUGGACACAAACAUGGUCGAAAAAUAACUGGUAUUGAACCAAUGCCUGGUAUGCCAUUGGGUGAAGAACGCAUUCUAGUGACAACCAAUGACUCUCGAGUAUGGAUUAUCAAUCUGAAAGACAAAAGCUUUGUUUACAAGUAUAAAGGGAUUGAAAACCAUUCAAUGCAAAUCAAAGCAUCAUUUAGUGAUGAUGGUCGAUAUAUCAUUUGUGGUUCAGAAGAUGGUUGUGUGUAUUUAUGGUGUACAGAUCAAGUCAGUUAUUCGCCUUUAAGGCAUUGGAGGGAUAGUAGGCUUGGAUCAGCAGCCGGCCUGUGUAGUUUAGGUGAUCAGGUUUGGCAAACGAUGGCACAGCAAGGUGCAUUUUCUGAUAAACCAUCUCAAAAUAUCAUGUCAUCAUGGCUUAGAAGAGGAGAACGAAGAGUGAUUGAUAAAUUAAGAAGUCGCAAUGAGCAUUUCUUUGCACAUAUGCAUGCAGUUACAACAGCUAUUUUUGCUCCUACAAAGACAAGACAAUUGCUAGCAAGAUCAGGAGGCGAUAUCAUAUUGGAUUAUACACCUGUUUAUUCUCAAAAGAAAGCAAAUCAAGAGGAAGAAGACGAAGAAGACAAUGUGUUUAUGAAACCUAGAAGGAGUGCACAUUUUUCUGCUCAAAAUAGUACUGCAAGCACUAAUACAAAAACCGACAAGAUGAAAGAAUUUGAAAAGGCAUUUACAAUCGAAUUUGAAGAGGCCUCACAAGAAGAAAGAGAUCGCUUUGAUUAUCCAGAAAGUCAAAUCAUUAUUUCUGCUGAUCUUCAUGGUGCUAUAAAAGUUUGGAGAAUGGAUUCUGGCCAUUAUGGCAACAACAAUGAAUCUUCAGAUCAAGAAGACGACAGUGAUGAGUCUGAUUCUGAAAAUAUAAGCACUUCAGAUACAAAGAGUGAUAAAUCCAAUAGAAAGCGAUUCUUUUCCAAGCUGUUUACAAAGGCCCUUUAGUGUUGUUUUCAUUCAAUUGUGAUAUAUUUAUCAUAAACUGAGUUAGAGUAUCUCUUUGGCUAUAUAGUAGAAAUAAAACUGUCAUUGACUAAAUCCAGCGCAAAGCCCUAGUAAGCCAGCCAUACUGUCUGCAUAAUUCCUUUUUAAAAUGAAAAAAUCAAC